UAUUAUUCAAACUUAAUAUCAUACAUGACAUAUGUAAAUCGUGUGAGAUUACACAAUUUUUUACUUUUAACUGCAAACUGUCCUUUAUUGUCAAGACAAACUGGGGUUCCUCAUAAUGAGCCUUUGCUCUGUAUCCGUCGGCACAGGCGGAAUCAGGCCCUGCAGCAUCCCCUUCGGCGUGGACCAAUUCGAUCCGACCACGGAGAAAGGGAAAAAAGGAAUGGCCAGCUUCUACAACUGGUACUACGCCACAUUCACCUUGGUUCUUAUGAUCACUUUUACAGUGGUGGUGUACAUUCAAGACAAAAUUAGCUGGGUUUGGGGGUACGCCAUCCCCACCAUCCUCAUGCUCUGCGCCAUCGUACUCUUCUUCGUCGGCACUCAUAUUUACGUGUUGAUCAAGCCCGAGGGAAGCAUAUUCACAGCCCUCGCUCAAGUCGCCGCCGCAGCCUACAAGAAGCGCAACCUUAACCUCCCACCUACCGACCGCCACCGCGACGCCGACCGGACCGCUUUCUAUGACCCUCCUUUGGACCCUGCAACCGUCGUCCUCUCCAAGCUUCCCCUCACCAAUCAAUUCAGGUUUCUGAACAAGGCAGCGAUUGUUGCAGACAAUGAGCUAAACCCAGACGGGAGCCGGGUGAACAAAUGGAAUCUCUGCACCAUACAGCAAGUAGAAGAAUUCAAAUGCCUGAUCAGAGUAACCCCAAUUUGGUUAACGGGAAUCCUGAGCAUGACUCCAGUUCUAACGCAGUCCACAUUCUCAAUCUCCCAGGCUCUCCGAAUGGACCGCCACAUGGGCCCCGACUUCGUGGCUCCGGCGGGUUCCAUCAGCGUCAUUACGUACCUCACAAUCGCACUCUGGAUUCCCCUCUACGACCGACUCGUCGUCCCCGCCCUCAGAAAAAUCACCGCCCACCCAAACGGCAUAACAGAGCUUCAGAGAAUGGGGAUCGGCAUUAUCUUCGGAGUUCUGUCCAUGGUGGUGGCAGGAAUCGUGGAAAUGGAGAGGAGAAAUUGGGGUAAGAAAUCGGUCUCCUUAUCCGUCUUCUGGUUGGCUCCUCAAUUCGUUCUGAUGGGGCUGUUCGAGGCCUUCAAUCUGGUGGGACAAAUCGAAUUCUUCAACAAGGAGUUUCCAGAGCACAUGAGAACCAUGGGAAAUGCUCUGGCGUUUUGCUCCAUCUCCUUCGCCAGCUACCUCACCACUGCCCUUGUCCAGAUUGUGCACGACGCCACCGCCGGCGCCGAUGGCAACUCCGAUUGGUUGACCAAUAAUAUCAACGCCGGAAAAUUGGAUUGCUUCUACUACACGGUAGCGGCAAUUUCAUUUUUCAACUUGUUCUGUUUUCUCUACUGCGCCAACCGUUACCACUACAAGGGCAGAGCAUCAGAAUCCGGAGAUGGACAAAUUUUGGAGAUCGUAAGCUCUGGGAAGAAACUGGAUGUGUGAGAUUGAUUAUAUAUAUUGAUAUUAAUUAAUUCUCUUGCGCUUGCGCCUCUUAUACAUACAAAAUAAAAUUUUGUUUCA